UUAGAGGUGGCCCCACCUAGCAUAUGUGUUGCGUACUAAUGGGGCACGUGACCAACUAGUUUCACAUGAAUGGCAGACAUUUUGAAGAGAUCACUGUUCCCGUUUCUUCACAGAUAUUCAAAAAGAUGCCACGAGAAUACAAGCGAAAAUCCACCAGAAACUCAUGGGACACGGUGUCCAUGGAACAGGCAAUAACGGCUGUCCGUAGUAAAGAAAUGGGGCUGAAACGAGCAUCCAGACAGUUCAAUGUGCCUAAAACGACACUGAAACGUCGAGUGCAUGAUACGAACAAAAAGGCUAAGGGGGCAAGUAAGGUCCUUGGUCGAUAUGAAACUGUUUUGACACCAGAAAUGGAAAGUGAUCUUGUGCGCUAUGUAGUCCUGAUGGAAGAAAGAAUGUUUGGCAUCGGAACCAAAGAGCUUCGUUCGUUGGCAUACCAGAUAGCAGAAAGAAAUGAAAUUAAUCACUGCUUUAAGAAUGAAAUAGCAGGAAAGGAUUGGAUGACAAACUUUCUCCAGCGUCAUCAGGAACUGUCCUUACGCAAACCAGAAAAUACCUCAGCAGCACGUGCAAAUGGGUUUAACAGAGAUGCAGUUGGCCGCUUCUUCGACAUUCUGGAAGCAGUGUGUCAAGAGCAUCAGUUUCUUCCCUCAAACAUCUAUAAUUGUGAUGAAACUGGUGUUACUACUGUUCCAAACACUCCGUCUUCAGUUCUGGCAUUAAGAGGUCGCCGGCAAGUUGGCAAUCGUACGUCGGCUGAGAGGGGGACAUUGACCACCACCGAGAUCUGUAUGAGUGCUACAGGUCAGUUCAUUCCACCAUUGUUCAUCUUCCCAAGAGUCAGAGAGAAUCGGCAGUUAAUGGACGCAGCACCUCCUGGUGCCGUUGCAGCAUACCAUAAGAGCGGGUGGAUGCAGGUCGACAUAUUUGUGAGAUGGUUCAGACAUUUCAUUCAGCAGUCAGGUGCCACUGUGGAAAAUAAAGUUCUUCUGAUCCUGGACGGACACGCUACGCAUACACAGAAUCUUGAGGUUAUAGACCUCGCACGAGCUAAUGGGGUUUACAUUGUUUCAAUACCACCUCACACCAGCCAUAAACUCCAGCCAUUAGACGUAUCAUUCAUGCGUCCGCUCUCAACUUUCUACACGCAGGAAGUUGAACGAUGGCUAAGGGACCACCCAGGCCGUUGUGUUACAAUAUACCAGGUGGCUGCACUAUUCACUGAAGCUUAUUUGAAAUCUGCAACAGCCCUGACUGCUAGAAAUGGGUUCAGGAAAACAGGGAUUUUUCCUCUUAACAGGGACAUUUUCCAAGACUACGAGUUUGCCCCUGCAGAUGCUACAGAUGUUUAUCGUGAUCAGCAACCACAGCCUCAGAUACCAGAGGCCCCCAAUCAGCAGCCCGAGAUACCAGACGACGCCGAUCAGCAGCCUGAGAUAGAAGGCGCCCCCGAUCAGCAGCCAGAGAUACCAGAUGUCCCUGAUCAGCUAGAGGUACCAGAGACCCACGCAAAAGAGGCAGAAAAGAAAAAGGCUAAAGCUCCCAGCAGAAAACGCAGCGCAGAACACAUCACAGCUAGUCCGUACCAACGCAAGUUGAAAUCAGCCAAGAAGCUGAAGACAGGGAAGUCACAGCAACAGACAGUUGAGAAGACCAAGAGAAUCCCAAAGUCAGGGUCGCUGCACACUGUGCAACUGUCGCUGUCACAAACAGGGCGAUUCGUGUUCCGUUCGGUCUCCACCGGGGAUCUCCGUGACUACCCCAAAGCUUGGAGUUUUAUGUUCAAAAUUGUUGUUGGUUCUUCCACAGAUGUUAAUUUCGGUGUCUCUGCCGGGGAUCUACAUGACUACCCCAAAGCUUGAUGUUAUGUUCAAAAUUGUUGUUGGUUCUUCGACAGAUGUUAAUUUCGGUGUUCUAACAAAUAAAUUUCUUUGUAUAAUACAAAACAAGGACGUUCCUUUCACUUUUAUGGGGGGGGGGCCGAUUUGCCCCAAUACCGGGUGCCGUUUUGUACGACUAGUGUACAAAACGGCACCCUUCAACAAAAAAUGUUCUUGUCGCUAGAUAUCCAGAAUGAAUGGCAAGACUCACUCAACCUCCAUACAGGCCGUAGUUACAGUGCCACAGUUUAUACUGCAACACUCACCAUUGCCCUCCUACUUUCAGCUACUAAGGAAUACUGAUUCAAAAGUUAAGGGUGCCCUCUUGCCCCGCCCUC